AUGAGCAGUCCAGGAGCCGGGUUUGAAUAUCCUCCUACCGAGGUAUCGUGGACAAAGCGCGAUGUCUUGUUGUUUGCCAACACUAUAGGCUGUACUUCCGACGAACUUCACUUUCUCUACGAGCUCGAUCCUAAUUUCUCGGUGUUCCCGACCUACCCGGUCAUCCUCCCUUUCAAAAAGAACCAGCAAGAGGUUAUUGACUUCUAUGCCGCGGAGAAGGCAGUUAAGAUCCCAGGUGUGCCCGACUUCGAUGCGCGACGAGUUGUUGACGGCCAGCGACUUGUCCAAUUCCUCAAACCCCUCCCUACUACAUCGGUUGGCAGAAAGUUCGAGCUCCGGACCAAAGUCCUUGGUGUAUACGACAAGGGUCGACCAGGCUCAGUCGUCGAGAUUCAGCAGGACCUGGUAGACGUUGCGACAGGUGAAGUCUACACGCGCGCCAUCGGCAGCUCAUUCUAUGUAGCACAGGGUAACUGGGGUGGUCCUAAGGGCCCCGCAACCGAGAACUUCCCUCCACCAAAGGACAAGAAGCCGGAUGUCGAGUUCGAGAACCAGACCAAUGCGCAGACACCCCUGCUGUAUCGGUUGAAUGGCGACUACAACCCACUCCAUGCGCACCCGGAGCCGGGCAAGAAGAUGGGAUUUGGUGGUGUCAUCAUUCACGGUUUAUAUUCGUUUAACUCGGCCUGUCACGGUCUACUACAGAAGUUGGGUGGCAGCGACCCGGCUAAUAUUAAAGAGUUCCAGGCCCGGUUCGCAAGCCCUGUGCGCCCUGGAGAUAAGAUAGUCACAUCCGUAUGGAGGACUGGCCAGGUGAAAGGAGAAUGGGAAGAGAUUAGAUUUUUAGUUAAGGUCGCGGGUGGAAAGGUCUGUUUGAGUAACGGGAGAGCGUUGAUGAAGGUUGUGGGAGAAUCCAAGAGCAAGCUAUGA